CUUUACCAUGCACUUCUCAGCCAGGUGGCUCUUUUACGCAGCAUUUCGAACAUACUAAAAUUUUAUGCAGCUCCCACCUACCCGAUUUUGAUUUUUGCCUACCCGAUUUUGAUUUUGUGCACGUGCAUGCUAGCUCUCGCCUGUGGUGUCGACGUACUUAACAUGUCAGCAUCUUACCUAGCUGUACCAGCACAUUCAUCCAUGCCCCAUUCCGAUGCUUUCGCGUCUGACCGUUGCCUCUGUAGUUACAGGGCGGUGAAGCCGCGAGCUCUGGCGGCACCCAUGUCAAUAUGACUGUUUUUUGAUGAUAAUGCAUGAGUCGAUAUUUUUCACAAUGACUACGACAAUUAUUUUAGUUAUGCUUAGGAAUUAUUGUUAUUCGCACCUCAUUAACUACGUUAUCGUCGCACCACACUGUUGGUAUGCAUCACCCUGUUGCAUUCGUUCAAUAAACUUGUCUUCCCGAUGUUGAUCGUAUGGAAACGGAAAGAAAGAACGGCCCUUCACUCCUAAGCAGUUUCUGGCUCGUGAUUAUGUAAUCACCCACAGGCACAGGAGAUGAACCUGUUCGAAAAUAGCACUGAAUUUCUUUCGCUGUGGCGAGAUCCAGCGAGUAUUGGAGAGAUGUCUAUCGAAAGUAUGCUGAUUCUGCUCUAGGCCUCAACUCAGUUGUUCAAAAAUCAUGAAUGACGGAGAGGUUUUGUUUCCCGCCGUGCCUACGUCCGCCGCUACUGCAUCUUCCAAAGGGAACAUCAAGGGCCUGACUGCAACGUCCUCCGACCCGCUCGGGCCGCCGUUUGCAGCCGCUUCCUCCGGGGAAGAGGGGUCCUCGAAGACAACCGAAGUGCCCGGGUCGCCGUUGAGCAGCCCGGAGGCGGUCGCAAGUCUGGAGAUACGCGACACCGCGAGCGGCAGCACAAGAAACAAUUCCUCGGCAACAUACUUUGCCACAGGGCCUGGUACGCGCAUUUUGUCGGCUGGCGGUGGGGGACGAGAUCAACAUUCCGUCUCACCGAGCCCCAGCGCUAGUCCGAGUUCGUCGGAAAACAAAGCUUCGCCUGCGUCCUACGACGAACCACCUUCCGUCACGGACGACCGCGUGGUAUUGCAAAAGGUGGAUAACAACAUCAGUCCGAAAGUGAACCAAGAACAAGCUAGCAGCACACUGUUUCCAGACACAGAACUGUCACUCCAAGAUUUUGCGAAUUUUCGUGGCGGGGACACCAGAAAAAUGGCGACGUCCGGGCAAGAACCAGUCGGAGGUUCGGGCCUGUUCAACCAAGUCGUGGAAACAAAGCACAAUCCCAACGACGAAGCACUGCCUGACCACAGGAAACAGCCACCAGCACCGGCGACGACUCAACUCAGGGAGAACGUCAUCCCUGUUGCUGGAACAGCAGCUGCUCCUGUGCCUGGUUACAGCGGACCACCUGCGCCGCAACAAAACAACCACGGCAAUACCCCCCACGCACCGACCAUGAACACCGGCAAUCUAGUGUUCCAGCAGCACCACCAGCAGCCCUACCCGUACCCAAAACAAACCAGCAAACCGGCGGGAGCGCCGGUUGGUCCAGUGCCGGGUGGUCAACCGCACACGCCGCACCAGGAUUCCGCAUAUGCUGCGUCGAACGGCUUCAAAAAUAAUCCAGUCUCAGCCGCAGGAGGAGGCGUGGCCACACCGGACCUUCAUCAGGCUUCCCAGAUGCGGACGGGGCCGCCGUCCAGUCGCGGAAUACCAGCGGACGUGCCGGCCCCCGUGCCCGGAGCAAACGGCGCGGGCGGCGACCACGGUGGCGGGGGACACCAUCCGGCAGCCUACAAUUACUACUACAACCACUUGCAACUGUACCAGGUGGGCAACGAGGUCGAGGAGCCGCUCCUCCAGGCACCGUCCUUGGCGCAAAACCGGGCCCGGCAUCGCGAACGACGGCAGCACGCGGGCUUGUUUUCCUCCCACCUCUACGAUGGAGAGGGCAACUACGUGGGUGUGCACUCCGAUCCGAGCUUGCUACCCGCAGGCACCCCGGGGCUGAUGCGGCCGCCAAGCGGUAGCCUCAGCGCGCGCAGCACGACCACCCUCAACUCCGCGCGUAACAACAAGAAGAGAAGGAAGAAAACCAUGCUCGAGUAUUUGUUGCGCAAGAUGCAGAAACCCGAAGUAAUUCUCCUGUCCGUGUGGUGGCUCAUCAUGUUCUCUCUGCUUCUUUUCCUGGCCGAUCUCUGGUCACUACUGGUGCUCAUCUGGAAGCCACUGCUCUUCCUCGUCGCAGUGCCGGUGACGUGCUUUAUUGUAGUUCUUGUCGUUACACUGUAGCACCAGCUCGCCACAGCCAACGUUUUAUCGAUGAAUUGCGCAAAACCAAAAUAUGAACUUUAGCACUUUUACUCGUGAACUAGUUAUCUUGAUGCAUUUCGAAGAUUCUUUCAGACGAUAUGGAUGACAAAGAGCCUCCCGUCGUUGGAAGAGGUCGCGUAAAUGCCGGAUUUAUUUUCUUCGAGGUGAACAUUUCUUCUGAGGUCGAUGCCGUAGACCGCUACGUAGAAUCUCGAAACCGAAACCGAAUUGUGCUGGCCAUGAAACGCUUUUGCGCCAGGGUAAAAACAAAACAGUUUUUUUUUCUAGCGACGACGG